AGUUCAAAUAGGCUCCAGACUCAUUUAAAUACCCACCCCUGAAAAAUAUGGCCAAAAAUGUCAUUUAGAAGAAAGAACACGAAACCCAUUCGAGUCCCUGAGCCUUUGCUACCUUACGAAGCAAUGCAAGAUGGUCUAACUUCACCUGGGAUUUUACAUCCUGGUUUAAAUGAUCCAUGUUCACCACAAGAUGUUCACGUGCCAGGUUUCCAUACAACAACAGGUCCAGUAAUGAAACAUGAAGCGUUCCACCAUCCUAGUCUCAACAUGCUAAGGGCAGCUGCUUUGUUUCCAAACUAUAACGGGCAGCAUUUCCCCCCCACAUUAUCGAGCCCAUGUUUACCUGAAGCAGACAAUAUGUACAUGAACCAAUCGCACAUGAUGCAUGCAUCUAAUGAACAGCAUAUGCAAGGUUGCGGAAUGCCAUGGCAGGUCUCUUUAUCUCUUGGUAAUAGUUCAUUGGACCCCCCUACAAUGGUGGCUCCUUCUAACCCUAAGUGGCAAUCAGAGCCCACCUCAUCAAGUCAUAUUUCCCAACAACAUCAUAUCAACUUACCAUCACCUCACACACAAUUAAACCAUGUUAAAUGGGAGAUGUCACCAACGCAAGAAUCUGUAAAGCCGACGGAGCAACCUGUUAAAACAACUUCUGACGCGACACCCGUUACCUCUGUACUGCCCACUAAUGGGCACAGUCAGGAUCCUCUUUCUCCCCCAAGUGGUGGAAAGACACCAGGACCGAAAAAGUCGAGAAAAAUCCGAUUUAAAUACCAAGACAAACAGAAUGCCGACGUAAAAUACAAAUGUGAAACGUGCCAAUACUGCACCAACCGAAGUGACCAUUACAAGAGACAUCUCAUCACACAUUCAGAGGACAAACCAUUAAAAUGCGGGACAUGUGGAUACAGUACAGGAAGAUCAGAUCAUUAUCGGCGGCAUUUAAUGAGACACGGCCUAAAUAAGGAAGAAAUUCACAUUCAGUGUGAAAUGAACGGGAUUAAAACCGCACCUUCCCAUUCUUUAACUAGGGAGCUUAAACCCCUUAAGAGGCCGCCUCGUGCUAAACUACCAAUACAGUCUUCUAACCAUCAACAAGCAGUGCAGAAACUCUCAGGCUCUAGCUCUAUAAAUCCAAAUUGUUCCCGCCAUGCUGUAUCUCCCACACACACAAGUGCCUUGCCCCCAAAGCGGUUCCAAUGCGAGAUGUGCGGGUACGCAACAGAUCGCAGCAGUCACUACAACAGGCAUACCCGCACUCAUUCCGAAGAGCGGCCGUUUUCCUGCGACAAAUGUGGAAAACGCUUCAAAAUUGACACUUAUCUCAAAAAGCACCGCUGCUGUAUGCGCCCUUUGCCUACCAAUAACACUACAAUGCCAAACUGCCAACCAAACGGUCCUACAUUGCACCAAACCCAUCAAAAUGAAGAAACUUUAAAAAAUCCAAUGCUAAGUCCACGUUUAGACCCCCAGGGGCCAAUGUGUAUGGGGUGUGGGGCUUGGCUACAAAACAGAAACGACUUUUCAAACCAUAUUUGCCAGCCACAUCCAGUGCUAGGGGCUCUGUAGUUUUUGACAUUAAAUCAGAUACCUUUUAUACAUUGGUAAAUUCAGUUAUUUACAAAGGGAAGGGGGUACAACUUUAUUUUGAACCAUUUCUUUUUUAUGCGACACACGAACACCAAAUGUACGGUGCAAUGAAACAUGGUUUUUCAUGCUUUAUUUUUCAUAAAAAUCUGCAAUUGCUAAACUACUAGCUGCGAUAUUUUCUAGUUUCCUAACAUACUGGUGCUAAAACACAGGUAGAAAUUAAGUUCUGGUACGGCAUUACUCACCAUACUAAACUGCGGCAGUGUUGUCAUUGUAAAUUUCAUGCUUUGUGCUGCUUAAGUGAAAAAAAUGUGCACUUUUCAUAUUGUGCAACACUCAUAAAUUAAGUUUUAUUUUUGCUAAAAAGUUUCAUUUUUUAUUGUUUUGAUAUAAACUAACGCAAUUUUAUUUGAGAGUCAUAUCAAACAGUUUUCUGUAGUUUACCAGCAUUUUCUACUUUAUUUCAUCAUUUAUACAAAUCUGACUCCAAACACAUUAGUUGUUUAACAUACACAACAAAAUACUAACCAGUUGUUACUUUUGCUGCCAAAAUUUCUUCAAAAAUUGUUGUUUUAGGUUUUAAAAAAACACUGUAGUUUAUUUGAUCUGUUUUUAAAAAUGUUUUAAAAGUUGUUAAAUCUCCAAGUUUCAUAGGUUUAUUGGUUAAACUGCCGUAUUUCAUCAUGUUUUGCUUUUUUACCUGGCAUCACUUCUUCACAAUAAAAUACUUUGUAAUGUUA